UUCAUUACUGGACACCUCGUUGUUAUGGAGAUAAUCCAUUUUCUCAUGGUGUGAGGAGGCCUGAUCCAGCAGAAGCACCAGAAUGAGUUGGGGUACACUGUACACACAGUUAGUUGGAGUCAACCGUCACUCUACCAGCCUUGGCAAGAUCUGGCUGUCUGUCCUCUUCAUCUUUCGAGUGACCAUUCUGGUAGUGGCAGCUGAAACCGUCUGGGGUGAUGAGCAGUCCGACUUUGUGUGCAACACCUUGCAGCCUGGCUGUGAGAACGUCUGCUAUGACCACUUCUUCCCCAUCUCGCAUGUGCGCCUCUGGUGUCUACAGCUGAUCUUCGCCUCAACGCCAGCACUACUGGUGGCCAUGUACGUAGCCUACCGCAACCACAAAGAAAAGCGAGAAAUCCUGCUGCGCAGUGAUAAAAAGUCGAGGGUCAAGCAAGAAGAAGACCUGGAGAGCAUCAGGAGGAGGAGACUUCCUAUUGCUGGCCCACUGUGGUGGGUCUAUGCCAUAAGCCUAGUGUUCCGUCUACUUUUUGAAGUGGCCUUCAUAUAUGCCCUUUAUACCAUUUACGAUGGUUUCUGGCUGCCUAGGCUGGUUCGCUGUGAUGUGUCACCCUGUCCAAAUGAGGUGGACUGCUUUGUGUCACGACCCACAGAGAAAACCGUCUUCACUGUGUUCAUGGCAGCAGCCUCUGGGGCCUGCACGGUGCUGAAUAUGGCAGAGUUAACCUACCUAGUCACCAAAGCUGCAACACAGUGCCUGAGUAUGAAUGCCAGGAAGAACCGUGCAAACUGUGCAGGCAAAGACAAAGGUGUACUACCGAACAAGAAGAAUGAAAUACUGCUGGCUUCAUCAUCUUCUGUGUCAUCCACUUGCAAAGCAGUGUGA